AGCACAUGGUAAAAGUAGAAAGAAUACCGUGCUAGUGUGCUAUAUUCACGGUUCAUUGAGUUCAUCGGAGUCUGUUUAGUGUUCACUGAGUCGAGAACUGCUCGGGCUGAGAGUUAUGUUCGUAACCGAGUCGUUUGGGAUUUGUUGAAACGAUUCGUUGAAAAGAUUCGACUCAUUUGAACAAUUCGUCUACAUCCCUUCUUACAUGCGGAGAUUGCGGACCCCUUUGGAGAGGUCAUGACUCUGAUCGCAAAUGUAUCAGAUCGAUCUUUGAUUUAGGACUUUUUGGAGCGCUUGGCACCUUUCAUCAUGGCACCACAUCCUGUGGUUCAGGCAAUAAUAGACCUCUCUGCUGGUGCUAUAGGGGGCACAGCUUGUGUAUUUAGCGGUCAACCUUUGGACACGGCUAAGGUGAAAAUGCAGACAUUCCCCACUUUGUACAGAGGCUUUGUGCACUGCUUUGUGUCUACAUACAGACAGGUGGGCCUUCGAGGGCUGUAUCAAGGUACCACACCGGCCCUCAUGGCCAACAUCGCGGAGAACUCUGUGCUCUUCAUGUGCUACGGCUUUUGCCAAGAGGUGGUUCGCUUCAUCUCUGGUCAGGAGAAAGGGGCUGCGCUCAGUGACAUGCAGAAAGCGUGCGCAGGCUCCGUGGCCUCUGUUUUCUCCUCUCUGGUCUUAUGUCCCACUGAGCUGGUGAAGUGCCGACUGCAGGCCAUGCAUGAGAUGGCCGCGUCCGGCAAGAUCGCCCACAGUCAGAACACAGUUUGGUCAGUGAUGAAGUCCAUUAUGCAUAAUGAUGGUCCUGCAGGGUUCUUCCAGGGUUUAACCACCACAAUUGCCCGUGAGGUGCCUGGAUAUUUCUGUUUCUUUGGAGCAUAUGAGCUCUGUCGCUCUCUCUUUGCUGAGUACAUGCACUGUGGCAAGGAUGACAUAGGUGUAGCCCCUAUUGUGUUCAGUGGAGGUCUUGGGGGAGCUUGUCUCUGGCUUGUGGUUUACCCCAUGGACUGUGUUAAAUCCAGAAUACAGGUCAUGUCGAUGACAGGCAAGCAGUCAGGCUUCUUCAAGACUUUCAUUCAUAUCUUCAGAACGGAAGGUGUAAGGGCUUUAUAUUCCGGUCUGACUCCCACAAUGAUCCGUACGUUUCCAGCCAACGGUGCUCUGUUCUUAGGUUAUGAAGCCAGCCGCAAAAUCAUGAUGGAACAGUUUGACAGCUGACCCUAUAACAGCACCCUUUUGUUCUCUGGUUGGAUUUUUAGCAUUUUUAAAUGAAUUAGCUCUAAUUCACUAUGGCCAGUCUACAGUAUUUCAUUCAACAUGCCAUGGUUUGCACACACUAACGCUAGGUUAUACUUGUUUAGUUAAUGCAUCGGGUAUUAUGAACUAUCGCUGAACAAUAGUUCUUAAAGCAUUUAUUAAUCUAGGUUAAUGUAUAAAUAUACUAUU